AUGAGAGUUGAAGGUAUUGCUGUCCUGCUGUGUGUGUUUCUGGUGGCCACCGCCCCCACUCUCACGGCGGUUGCCGGUGGCGAUGCAAAGCCCAGCCAUUACUCCGUUCCCUUAAAUAGAACCCUCUUCCCUUCUGACUUUGUCUUUGGUGCUGGUUCUGCUGCUUAUCAGUCGGAAGGAGCGGCAAAUAUUGAUGGAAAAGGACCAAGCAUUUGGGACACCUUUACUAAGCAGCACCCAGAAAAGAUAUCGGAUCAUAGCACUGGUUCAGUGGCCGACGAUUUCUAUCAUUACUACAAGAGUGACAUUCAGCUGAUGAAAAAGAUUGGGCUGGACUCUUUUAGAUUCUCCAUCUCAUGGUCCAGAAUUUUCCCUGAGGGGAGGGGAAAAGUGAAUGACUUGGGCGUCAAAUUCUACAACGAUCUCAUAAAUGAGCUCCUAGCUGAUGAUUUAGUACCUUUUGUCACUCUCUUUCAUUGGGAUGUUCCUCAAGCUCUUGAAGAUGAGUACGGUGGAUUUCUCAAUCCUAAAGUAGUGGGUGAUUUUCAAGAGUAUUCAGACUUUUGCUUUAAAACGUUUGGAGAUAGAGUCAAAGAUUGGGUCACUCUAAAUGAACCUCACAUAUUCACUAUGAACGCCUACAAUGGUGGCAUCUAUGCACCGAGUAGGUGUUCAAACUAUGUCGGAAAUUGCACUGCCGGCGACUCCGCCACUGAGCCUUACCUGGUGGCUCACCAUCUCCUUCUUUCUCAUGCUGCUGCUGCGAGACUCUACAAGACGAAAUAUCAGGCUGCUCAAAAAGGAAAAAUGGGUAUCUCAUUGGCGACAGAUUGGAUUGUGCUCAAGUCCGAAGCCGCAGCUAACCGUGAGGCUGCAAAUCGAGCUCUAGAUUUUUCCUUUGGAUGGAAUGCUCAUCCUAUCACGUAUGGAGACUAUCCUCAAAGCAUGAGGUCUAUUGUGGGAGAUAGGCUCCCAAAAUUCACAAAAUCAGAAUCAGAAAUGUUGAAAGGGUCUUGUGAUUUUCUUGGGAUCAAUUAUUAUACUGCUAAUUAUGCAGAAAAUUCUCUCUCUACCAGCACUGUUAAUAAAAGUUACACUUCUGAUAUCCAUGUCACUUUCUCAACCUCAAGAAAUGGCCUCCCCAUUGGUACCCCGACUGAUUUGAGCUGGCUAUAUAUCUAUCCCGAGGGACUCCAUCAACUUUUGGUAUACAUAAAGGACAAAUACCAAAACCCACAAAUUUACAUCACUGAAAAUGGGGUUGCUGAAGCAAAUAAUGCAUCAAAACCAGUUCAAGAAGCCAUCAAAGACAGUAUUAGGAUUACAUAUCAUGACAGCCAUCUCAGAAGUCUUCUUCAAGCUAUCAAGGAUGGGGUGAACGUGAAGGGGUACUAUGCAUGGUCAUUUAUGGAUGACUUUGAGUGGACUUCUGGCUACGCAGUUCGAUUUGGACUAACGUAUGUAGAUUACAAGAACAACCUUAAGAGAUAUCUCAAAGAUUCUGCUUAUUGGUUUAAGAUGUUCCUCCUACGUUAAUAAUUCAAGCCUUUGGAGUGAAAUAUAUGUAAUAUUUCAGGUUUAUUUACAGUCUAUAUGAUUGGCAACACAAUAAAAAUGUGGUUUAAAUUACCACAUAUCCUAGCGUUUCCAAAUGAACUUGUAAUUU